GUAGGGUAUGAAAAAGUAAGAGUAAAAGUGGUUUUUUAAUAGAAAGAGGAAGUGUUUUGUGGAAAGAAAGAUGUAUAAAUUGCCAAAUACGGAGUACUGGAGCCUUUUUUUUUUGAAGUUUGAAGCACUCUUUCAAAAUUCAAAAUUCACUCCGAGCUUUCCACACCGCGAUCCUCCACCAUCACGGCUAUCCCCGGCGGAGCAUCAAUGGCGACCGGCGACACUCUGUACAACCACCUCUUCUCUUCAGUCAUCUCCGACAUCAAGUCCUACGCCGGAAACGAUCCUCUUCUUCCGUGGCUGAGAGGGAUUAGGAAGAUGAAGGAGUCUCUUCCUCCUCAUGUCCUUACGGCCAAGCUCCCUAGAUUUCUGCAGAAAUGUGCGCAGACUUUUGAGACUGAUAGGAGAUAUUCCAAUGAUUUGCGGUACCUCCGGGUUUGGUUACAACUGCUAGAUUAUGUGGAUGAUCCAAAAGCAGUGCUAAGAAACAUGGAAAAUAACCAUAUUGGGGUGAAGAACGCCCUAUUUUACCAAGCAUAUGCUCUUUGCUAUGAGAAAAGGAAAAACUAUGAAGCUGCCGAGAAGGUCUACCAUCUAGGUGUGCAAAACCUUGCAGAGCCUCUGGAUGACUUGCAGAAAUCAUAUGAUCAAUUCAUGAUUCGUCUACAGAAGCAUAAAAACAAGAGAAUUAAGUGCCAUGAACGAAAAAGUAGGAACAGACUGCCUUCAACUAUCAGUGUUCCCCUGAAUGAUAAAGGUUCUAAGGACAAAAGUGAGAACUUUCACACAACUGAAAAAAAUCCUAAGGUUGUAGUGACCAAGGGUCCUGUACAGCUGCAAGGGAAGGAAAAUAAUAAUUAUCAAAACCCAAGACUGAAUCUUGCCGGGAGAUACGUGGACAAUGGAGCCAUGGAUGGUUUCAGUAGGAAUGUAUAUGUCAAAGAGAGUGAAGAACCCAAUAAGAACAGAAAAAUCACUGGGGAUGAUACAGUUGUAGUUAAAUUCGUAGGAAAUGCUUUGGUUGGGAAGUCUGAUGUUGAAGAUGCUAGGCAUCAUGGUCUUGUGGAACCCACAAUCAACACCAAAGAGGCUAUGAAUGCUAUUAAUAGCAUGUUCUGUGAGCCACUAGAGGAAUCAUGUACUGGAAAUAGAUCUUCUCGAAGCCUACCAAAAGUUGGGUUGGUCCCCAACAAUGAAUUUGAGGUAUAUGUUGAUGAGAAAACAAUUGACGGUUCAAAAGCUGAUAGAUUUGGAACUUGUCAACCUCCCCAAGAGUCAUUUCAAAUAUAUGGUGAUGAUGAUGAUGGGGAUGAGGAUGAUAGAGGUUUUGUUUUUCCAGUUCCUUGUGAUGUUGUUUCAGAACCAUUGAAAGAUCAUAAUACUGAGAGUCCACUUCAAGAAAGACCACGCAGGGAGGACACAGUUGUUUUUCGGUUUGUGGGUUCCACCAUUUCAGACGACUUGGAGGUAGAGAAUGCUUGCCACCACGGCCUAGUAGAUCCCACCAUUAACUUGAAGGAGGCAAUGGCCGAUAUAAACAACAUGUUUGGAAAGCCAAUUGAGUUUACAAGAAAAAGCCGACCAAAGAAACAGAAUAUACCAAAUAAUAAAAAUGAGGGAGGCAAUGGUGGGUUUAUGAUACUCUGCGACGAUGAUGAGAUAGACCAUUGCCAAGAAGAUAAUAAGUCUAAGCUAAGUUCACCUUUAAUAGAUAAUGACCAUCCAAAGGAUCCAUUUUUAGCAGCUAAAAUGGAGGGAGACGGUGGUGGGUUUCUGAUACUUCCUGAUGAUGACGACGAUGACGAUGAUGAGAUAAGUCAUUGUCAAGAAAAGUGCCAACGAAGUUUGUCCGUGAAGCAUGAAAAUGAACUGUAUGAGAAAACAAUCUGCACUAAGGAGGCAAUGGAUGAAAUCAAUAAAAUGUUUUCUAUGCCUUUGGAUUUCUAAGAGGCCGAUAAUGCUAACUUUAGCUCCCGCAAUGGGCUUCGCCCCGGUGAAUGGCUUGCCUUCAACCACUGCAGUGAUGGGCAUUUCUGCAGGCUUGGGUGGGACCUGUUUGUUUGCAACGAUCGUGGGGAAAAAGAGAGAGGCCAGGCUGAUUGAAAUGGUUAGUUUCACUUGGCAGUUUCCUAUGUUUAUUUGAGUGCCUUUGUUUAGAUUUCUACUGUAAUAAGGAUGUUAUGCGGCU